ACGAGGCUGUCUUUCACUGCUAUCUAUGGCAAUCCGAAAAGCGACAUUCCGGCAUUGGCUGCAGACCAACCGUUUGGUAAUAUUCCGCACAGAGCAAUUGCUUGCUUGAGUGAGCGAUGGCUCUUCGGUUGCUUCCUUCCACAACGGGGAACUCACUGGGGCUGCCGUCAACGCUCUCCCAAGGAUUUAGGAUCCGGUUCUGUGGUAGUCUUCACCUCGCCUUUCCCAAUCAUUCCCCGUCCUCCCUGCCAUUACUUCGGGUCGAAGCGAGGAAUGAUUCCCGAAAAGAGAGCGCAAAGACAAGGAACCGUAGGAUGCAAAGAAAGUACAAUGGCUCGGCUACGAAGCCCAGGCUCUCUGUUUUCUGCUCCAACAAACAACUAUAUGCAUUGCUGGUUGAUGAUCAAAACAAGAAGACUCUUUUCUAUGCCAGCACAUUGCAAAGAUCCAUUCGUGGAGAUCCUCCAUGUACCAGUAUAGUUUCAUGUGCAGUAUAUGCAAUUGACGUGGUGGAUGAUAUCGACAUUUUGUUGCAGAUUGCGGAUCACUGCUAAAAAAUUAGCUGGAUAGUACUUACUAGUGGUUUUCAUGUGCUUCAGAACCUUGUUGAUCAUGUCACCUGGGAACCAACAUUUCAUGACUCCACUACUUCCAACAUGUUUUUUAAACUUGUAUAUAUAAUUGCUGAAUCUGUACGACAAAACACACACUCAAAAUAGCUAGGUUAUGUUGCAUGGUGGAUCACUUGUCAAUCAUUUGCAAACCUGUAAGGUCGUCCUUUGGCAAGUAUCAACUUCUUUACAGCAUUUAUUAUAGAAAGUUUCAGCAUGGAGUUUUACAUGUUCUAUUAAAGCCUAAAGGUUAUGAUGGUAAGUUCCUUUUUAUAUGCUCUGCCUUUUCAUUCACUGGUACUACUUUGGCAUCAAAGCAGUUGCUUAGGCUGGCUGUCGUGGUAGUUUACUAAUGUACUGUGGCAAUCUAUCUGUGCAAAUUUUCUUAGAAUUUUUAAAAAAGUUUUGUCAUUCUAACAAUGGUACCAGAAACUUAACUUUACCAAAAAUUCUUCAGUUUGCAUGAUGGGUUUCUUAUAAUGGUGCUCGGGUUUGGCUGCAGGAAGCCGCUCGAAAGGUCGGGGAGGAGCUCAUCAAAGCAUGCAAGGAUUUGAAUAUUUUCGAAAUAUCAUCUUACGAUCGCAAUGGAUUUGCCAGGGGAGAAAGAAUGGCAGCAUUUGAGAUACCAAUCUCACAACAUGGG